AUGUCCUCAAAUUCCGAAGAAGACGAUCUGUCCUCUUCGCUAGAUUACGGAAAUGAUACCAUUCUGGUUGGCCUAGAGGAUGUUCGUGACUUUAAUGUGGACAACGUCCUCCCUCUCCCUGUCGGCGACAUUCUUAAGAUCACGAAAUGGCUGAAGCCAACUGAAUAUGACCUGGAGCGAAGUGAAUACUCCAGACAUCACCUCUCACAUCUCGCGGGGACAGGAAAAUGGUUCACAUCCACAACAAUCUACCAACAGUGGCACCAAGGCGACGAAAAUGGACUCUUGUGGAUCAAGGGUAUUCCAGGCUCCGGAAAAUCUGUAUUGGCUGCGUCGAUUAUCAAUCAUCUACGAAAGAAUGACAUUCCAGUGAUCUUCUUCUUUUUCCGACAGAUCAUCGACGCCAACCAUCAGCCCCUGGCUGCAUUGCGGGAUUGGCUAUGUCAAGUCCUAGAUUACAGCCCUCCCCUACAGGUCAAGCUGAAAGAAUACAUUGAUCAUCGGCGUAAUUUGGACAGCUUGUCUCCAAGCGAUCUCUGGAACGAUCUUAAGCUGGCACUGGCCACAUUCCCCAAGAUCUACUGUGUCACCGACGCCUUGGAUGAGAUGGACCAGGGGAAUGAUGAGUUCCUCCACACUUUAGUGGAGUUGGGCCAGUGGCGCCCGUCGAAUGUCAAAGUUUUGAUCACUUCACGUCCAGUAUCAACGGUAGAGGAUUCGUUGAGAUCAUUCUCCAUUCCUCAAAUUCGAUUGGAAGAGACACUCGUUGAUCUCGACAUCGCGGCCUACGUACAAUACAAACUUCGUCACUCAUCGGUCGCCCCUGAAUCAUGGAGUGUCAUAGAGGAGGCAAUCCCUGGUCGGGCCAAUGGGCUCUUCUUAUAUGCUAAGCUUUCAAUGGAUGCAUUUCUUGAGCCAGGCGCGGACGCAAAUGAGGUGCUCAAGAGGUUACCGGCUGACCUGAACGUUAUGUACAAUGAUCUGCUGCAUGAACAUGCAAGACGAGCGGCCGUCCCAGAGGAUUUGCAGCUACUUGUCCUGCAGUUUGUGACCCAUGCCACACGCCCACUCCGAAUCCUCGAGAUUGCUGAAAUGGCGAAAAACGUUCAAGCUUCUACAGACCGCACUCUGAAAGAGACGAAAGACUUGGUCCGGGCCGCUUGCGGCCCUCUCCUCGAGAUCCUUCCUGAUGAAACUGUAUCGGUCGUUCACCACUCAUUCACCGAGUUCUUGAAAGGGUUCACUCGCCUCAGUGAGUCGGAUGAUAAGACAUAUCCGAUCCUUCAGCCGGGCUCAACAAACAAAUGUCUGGCCAUUGCGUGCUUAGACUAUCUUCGGUCCGGGUGCCUGAUCCAUCGAGAAAUGAAGGAAGCAUGCAACACAAAUAGAUAUAAAUAUCGACGCCCGAAAGCUGAAGAGCACUUAGAGCUAAAACUCCGGUUUCCGUUCUUAGUUUAUGCAGCUGAUAAUUGGUACAUCCACGUUCAUCGUGCAUUCCUCGCGGGUGAAGAUAUGUCACUUGUCUACACGAUGCUUGAUACUUUCUUUGCGGACAAGCAGAUGUUCACCGCCUGGCGAGUUGUGGCCUGGCCAACACAUGAAACCCGGGGUAUCACCGCGCUUCAUGUCGCUGCUUGGGCUGAGGGGGGUAGCAUAGAAGUGCGAGAUGCUUGCCAAAAUACACCUUUGUACUGGGCUGCCACUUCCGGUCACCAUAGCGUGGUACAGGUGUUGCUUGCCAAUGGAGCUGAUCCGAACGCAGAACAAAAUGAGGGAUACAGAUCACUACAUCUGGCAGCUCAAAAGAAUCAUGCUGAAGUGGCCAAACUUUUGCUCGCUGCAGGCGUCGACCCACUCACUCCGAAGACGCAAGACUCACCUUACAGGAUGUGUGGGAAUCAGCCCACAUCAUUUGGACAUACGCCUCUGAUGUAUGCAUGUCAUAACGGCCACGUCGGGACGGUGGCCGAGUUUCUACCCUUUUUGAGAAACAGUCAAGGUUAUCACCAAGCCCUUCACUGGGCGGCGUAUCGGAGGCAGUGUGCAGUGGUCGAGUUGAUCAUUCAAUAUCCAGGUGUGGAUCUAAACGCGAGAUACCGAGGAGACACUGCCCUUUUUACGGCCUGCUUGAAGGGAGAUGAAAAAACCAUUGGUGUCUUGUUGCGAGCGGGAGCUGAUCCAAACAUAUUUUGUGAACACGCAGGAGGCGAGUUUGAUGGUGAAAUGCGGUCCAUACGCGUGUCCAGCAAUCAUAUGGAUGAAGAUCCUAAAAGGGGGCAGACCGCUUUACAUGUCCUUUGCAAAACUGACAGAGGCAUGCGCUCUCCAGCACUCUCAUCAGCGUCCGUAAAUUCUCUGCUUCAGGCAGGGGCUGAUAUUCAUGCACGAGGUCCUAAGGGCCAGACGGCCCUGCACUAUGCCUGCAAAUACCAAAAGGCAGAUGUGGUCAAGAAAUUACUCGAAGCUGGUGCAGAUCCUACGGCAGAAACCGAUUCUGGGGCCACACCAUUGCACACAGAAGGGCAGAGAGAUAAAGAGCUGCUUCCUUUGCUUUUGGGCGCAGGGGCGGUCGAUAUCAACAAGGUCAUUGGAAAGACCGGGAAAACUCCUUUACUAUGUCGGCUUCAAAAAUAUCAUAUAGAAGGAGCACUUGCUUUCUUGGAGUACAUGCCUGACGUGAAUAUUUCUGACAUCAGGGGUAAUGGUCCGUUACACUAUGUUUUCGCGGCGUCUCACAACGUCCACGAUAAGAUCUAUCCUCGUGUUAUCGACACCUUGAUAUCUCUGGGCGCCAACCCAAAUGCAAUGAACAAUGAAGGCAAUACACCGUUGCAUGCCAUGAACGACAAUAAUACCCCGUUCAUUUCCAAGCUCUUAAAUGCUGGGGCAGAACUUGAAGCUCGAAAUCACGAUGGCCAAACAGCUCUUUUCAAACAUGUGAUUAGAGAUAAAGAACCCGUCGAGACACUGAUUGCUCUAGGCGCUUGCCUAGAUACGCGGGAUUCUAAUGGCCGAACUCUCUUGCAUCGGUGUUGCAAUGAUCCCACUCGCUUGGACUAUCUGAUAAGUCUCGGCCUUGAUCCCUUGGCCACAGAUCAUCAAGGCAACUCUCUUUUGAUGGAGGUUGCUAUCAGCAACGACGAUAACCAGCCUGCUACCAUGGAUCAUCUUAUAGGCCUGGGCUUGGACAUAGAUCUACCAAACCAUCGCGGCAGGACCACUCUGCACGUGCUGUGUGCUAGGGCGCAACCUGCCAGGAACUCACCCCCAUCGACAGAUGAACACAACCUAGAUUACGUCCUUGGAGUCUGCAAGAACCCGAAUCCCAGUGACUGCGACGGCGUUCAGCCUUUACACCUGGCUAGUACAAUAUCCGAGUCCUACGUUAUCAAACUUCUCAAUGCCGGUGCAGACAUGUUCAAAUUAACACAUGAAAGGAUGUCAGUGCUGCAUAUCGCAGCCCGGGCCCGCCAGCCCAAUAUUGUGGCUCUUUUCUGCUCUAUGUUAUCAGAACUCGGAGUGCAAGACCGGACUGUAUUUUUGAACCAAAAAAACAAGGAAGGAAAAACAGCCCUUCACUAUGCUUGCCGUUCGGGUCGCCCUGAGACCGUUCACGCAUUGCUUGAAGCCGGCGCAGAUCCCAACAUAUUGGACAGUGGAGACCGAUCGCCUUUCAGGACAUGUGCCGAAUUUGAGACAGAAGAACAACUAUGGAGCGGUUAUAAGAGGAUAGCGCAGAUGGAUCUCCUCCAUGCAGCCGGCGUUCUAGUCGACGAUCACGAAAGGCCGUUUUUUGACCCUCCUCAUAGCGAUGGGCAUUACCGCCAGCAACAUACGGAGAAUGAUACAGUUCGUCUGGAUGAGAUUCUGGAUUUACUUGUUUGCCAUGGAGCCCUCUCAUCCGGUAAGGACUGCCUUCAAAAUGCGUUGAACGAUGCCAUUUCGAAUCGGGACGAAUACACAGUGGAUUGUCUCUCGCGACUACAAUGUCGUAUUCCCGACUUGACCCCAUGUCGCCCUGGCGGUCUCGACUAUCUCAUCUGCAAAGGCCGCCUAGAUGCGACAAAAGAGGCAUUGAGAAAAUAUGACGGAUUUGGCGAUGAUAGCUCUAAGGCUUCUGGACUUGAUUACACCUACAUGACAGACUUGAUGUUCACCAGGCAGUACGACUUAUUUGAAGAGGGAGUAAAGAGGUUUGACGUAUCAAAGCUGAACUACCCUGCGACCUCAUUGUUGCAUUUUCUCGCGGAAUGGGGUUACAGCGAAGUGCUGAAUCGUGUUUGCAAUAAGGAUGCUGCACUGAGGUUUGAUGACCUCCACUGGCGUCGAGAAGCAGAAAUAAAACUAAAAGAACGUCAUAUAAAGACCCUACUAGUUACUGCGUGUGAUCGCGCUUUGCCUAACAUGGGUGUGGUGGAAUUACUUGUUGAGAAGGUCGGUGUCAGCCUCAACGCACAAUGCAUUGAAAGCCCCUCACGUGGAGAUUCCAAAGUGGCCGGAGGGGCCCUACAUAAGCUUGCGCUUGGGCGCAGCUGGUGGCAUGUCUACAAAGCAUUGCCGUAUUUGAUCAAAAAGGGCGCGAACCUUGAGCUGCGUGGUGAAGAUGGAGUGACCCCGUUACACGCAGCCUUGCAUACUCACCAAGCACGCGGUCCCUUCCACCUAAAUGCCGCAAGGAUUCUCAUCGAGAGCGGGGCAGAUGUCAAUGCCAUGGACGCCAACGGAGAGACAUGUUUGUCAAAAGCUGGCAAUGACCUAGAGAUGACGAGACUGCUCAUGGCGCAUGGCGCCCAGAUUACCGCAGCCACUAUAUUCUCUGCAAUUGAAUAUGGUGAAUGUGAGAUACUGGAAGCAUUGCUGUCACAGGGGGAUUACGCGAAUCUCAGGCGAUCUGAACUAGUCAAUCAUCGACAAAAAGGCAACACUCGCACCAAUAUUCUUGAUUCUGAGGUCCCACCUCUUCUCUUUGCUAGUGUCCCUGCACUGCAAUCCACUCAGUUUGACUAUACCAAGUUAACCGCCCAUCCAAACGCUUUGAACGACAAUGAACUCGACAGCCGUAUGAUGACAAUACUGCUCAAUCAUGGCGCAGACCCGUUUGCUACAUAUGUCGGGGAUCUCUCAUCUAGACACAGCAUACAGGAAUCCGAUUCAGAGCCGGACGAGCCUGAUGUUUCACAUCCGCAAAUCGAUCUCCAAAGAAAAACUGUCAUCCAUGAAAUUUUGAAAUCUGGGCACUUAUUCCUGCCAUUCUUUCAACUGCCAUCCUUGCAGCUUGAACAACGUGAUUCAAGCGGUUGCACAUUGCUUCUUGCGGCUUCCCAGAGCCAAAAGAUAAUGAAACCCAAGAAACCCAAGAUGGAUAUUGAAGCUGGGACAACCAUUGCGAAAACGGCUUUCCAAGAGCUCAUAGACCGCGGUGCUGAUGUCAUGGCACAGGACAACGAUGGCAAUACUAUGCUGCACCAUCUUUCUCCUCCGAGAGGUUUCUUCUAUAUUACUCCUUUAGAAGUUGACUCAGAGCUGUUCACAACUCUGAAGGAAGUUAUCAUAAAGAAUCCGGGACUCCUCCAUCAGCGCGAUCGGAAGGGCGAUACAUUCUUUCAUCGCACCAUGCAGCUAGAGAACUUUGAUCUUAUUGACGAUCUUCUCAAAAUGGGGGCUGAUCCUCUCCAGCCAGACUCCAAUGGAGACACAGCGCUUCAUCAUUUGGCCAAGUACCUCAAAGAGGGUAAUUCACAAGCUCACUUCAAGCGAUUCCUAGAGGCGGGCGUGGAUAUCAACGCUCGGAACCACCAGGGCGACACACCUCUCUUCAAAUAUAUUCAGAACGGUGUGGUAGCUCCUAGCCCCAGCCGGACUGAACUUUUUGAGAAGGAGGAUGACCUCACCGAGACCGUCUUCGACCUUCUCCAAGAGGCUGGUGCUGAUUUUUUCACACAAAACAAUGAUGGCUCCUCAUUGCUCCAUUUAUUGGCCUCGAAGAAGGAAGGUGCUGGGUAUGGGAACGAAUAUCCGUACAAUGUGGUCCGACGAUUUAAAAUUCUGAUGGGUCGUGGACUUGAUCCUAUGAUGGAGGAUUCACGCCAGCGGACGAGUUUGGAUGUUGCUGCUGUUUGUGGCAGUGAGCAUAUUAUGAAAUUGUUUGCCCGAAAGCCGAUGGAGUAA